AUGGCUGCGACGGAUGCAGCAUUGAGGCAAGUUGACACAAUUGGAGGUCAGAAGUCGUUUGGAAUUCUGUACGUCGAGUUAUCCGAGAAAUUUCAGGCAUCCAACAGAGCUUUAUCCGUCACAACGUCCCUGGCAGGCUUUCUACAGCAAUUUCUAGGUUUUGUAAGCGCUAUUUUAACCAAAAGGUACCACCAUAAAACCCUGAUAUGCUUCGGAGGAUUGCUAACUGGUGGAGGUCUGAUAUUAUCAUCGAUCGCACCUUCGAUUGAGGUCCUGUAUUUGACAUAUGGAAUUAUUACCGGUAUAGGCUUUGGGAUGAGUUUUCCCCCAGCAGUCAUGAUGAUUGCAGUUUAUUUCGACAAAUACAGAGCAAUCGCUUCUGGUAUAUUAUUCGCCGGAGGAGGACUGGGAGGAAUGCUAUUUCCCUACCUCCUCAGGUAUCUACUGAGAGAGUAUGGGCUAAAGGGUACAUUUCUUGUCUAUGGAGGUAUUAUGUUGAAUAUUUGCGUCUGUGGCCUCCUCGUCCGCCCUUUACCAGACUGUACGCCACACGCAUCCACCCAACAUUCAGACACACGAGGGAGAACUUUGGAGAAUGAUACGACUAUCAUAAAGCAAGUUUUGCGUGGUGUCAUUGAUUUAGAAUGGCAGCUUCUCAAACAAUGGAACAGCGUUCUUUUAUUUCUUUUAGUAUUUUUCGCAAAGUUUGGAUAUAAUAGUUUAUUUAAUAUGAUUCCCCCAUUCAUUAACGAUAUUGGCUUGUCCAAAGAAGAUGGAGCAUUCGUACUUUUUGUAUUUGGGUUAACAGAUCUAAUUGGAAGGAUUCUGUUCGGAUGUAUCAUGCAUGUAUUUCCAACACACCGUCACUGCUUAUUUACCAUGACGAUCUUUCUGUUUGGAUCCGGUAUCCUUUGUACAUCGUUUAUUCGAAAGAAGCUCGACCUAUGUGUGUUGAUGGGGUGUUAUGGUUUGUUUGCCGGGGGGUACAAUGGUACAUUGAUGGUCAUGGCUGUGGAGUAUGUCGGCCUUGACCACUUUCCUAGUAACUGGGGCUUCGUCUGCUUGUUCGCCGCCGUAGCAUUCUUGAUGAAUCCAGUUACAACAGGCGCCAUCAGGGACAACACGGGAACCUGGACACCUGCAUUUCAGUUAUCGGGGGCGAUGACAUUGACAGCAGUUCUUAUCCUGGUGUUUAAAUGUCUAAAAGACCGAAAAAAGUCUAAUAAGGAAUAAAAACUUUUUCUAUGAAGCAAUAUACGCAGCCGUG